GACUGAUGUAGUAUGAAUUUCAGCAGAAGAAAAUCGCCAUGGAUGACUGGUGCGCAGGUUAGUGUGUGUGGUGAGGAAGUACACUGACACUUUACGGCGACAUUGCGGGACAACGUUACACGACACACAAUGUGGACGCAUAGGAACCCGAUGAAGACCAUUUUAUUUGCAUGUGCUUUGGUUAUUUCUAGUCAAAUUCCUGGAAUAGUAUUAAACAUUUUGCAAUACACCCAGAGAAACCAAAUCUUACGAUUGGAGUAUCUCGCAAGGAGUUCUAGUAUUGACGACAUCUGGAAUGAGCGGAUCCAUUUAAUAAGGAAAGGAUGUUCGGUGUCUGCAGGGAACUAUAGUAUUAUGCACAAUCAAACUAAAUCUUAUUUCAUUCUAGCAGCAAAACAUAAUCUAACUAUAUGUAAAGUAGCCAAAUCUGGCAGUACGUUGUGGUCUAUUCUGGCUUUAGUUCUGGAGAACAGACAAAAAGUGGAUGGAAUAUUUAACAAAAGGCGGUCUUCAGUUCAUGGAAAGCUUCAUAACAUUUUGGCGAUCGUUAAGAAAGCUCCCGCGCAUUUUUCGACAACAAACGUUGUAAUUUCCCGCGAUCCAUACACAAGAAUAUUUUCAGCAUACAUAGACAGAUGUUUCCUUCUAAGGCUCCCGAUUGAUUCACCUGGUUUUGUCGAGUCUAUAAGUAAAGGAGAGUAUAUGACGGAAGUGGGUAAAUGCGGAUUUAUUGUUACAUUUCAUGAUUUUGUGGAUAAGAUAACAAGAGAUGGAUUAAAUGGUAAAUAUAUUGAUCCUCACUGGUGCCCUGUUUAUAAUCUGUGUCGACUCUGUCAAAUGGACUACCAUGUCGCCAUGAAACAAGAAACACUGACCAGGGAUACGGAACAUAUCCUACAACGGCUAAACAUCAGUAGUGAUCUGAGGAUUAAACUGGUGAAAGAAAUACGUGGCUCUGGUACAGCUAAGAUGGUAGAUGGGUUGAUAAAGGAAUUAUAUUUCUAUAACUCUUUAAGCAAGUGGAUGAACACGCAUUGUAAUGAUAGUAUCGCCUUUGCCGUGAGGCUGUGGGAGGCAUUCAAGAUACAAGGUUAUAUGAGAUCAAACAUAUCAUUUCCGUUUAUGGAGUUUAAAGAAAAGGACAGUUUUGAUGUCAAAACCAUCGUUGAGGCUGUUCUCGUAGCUAUGAACACAAACCCAUUGUCAAAUGAAGAAAAAGUUUCUCAACGAAGACAAGCUUUAGUGAAGGCAUAUGAGGGAAUGCCGAGACGCGUUAUAGCCAAAAUCCAGGCAAUGUAUCAAAUGGAUUUUGUUCUGUUCGGUUAUGACAUAAAUCCGCCAUCGUAAAAUGUCUAUAAACUAUAGUUAAUAGAUAAUAUUCUGUAUCCGCAAUAAUUCGGUCGUGACUUUACUAUCUCGACGCAGCGAGGCUUUAUUACGUAGUCUGUGGUUGUCUCGUCAAAUGAUGAAAAUUAAUGAUUAAUUAUAAUACCCUGAUAUCGUUAAAGCGACUAAAGUUGUAGAUAGCCUGGCCAUGAAAAUUAAGAAAAUUAAAGUUUCAGACACUGAUUGAUUAUCAUUGAUUAUGGACAUUUAUAGCAACGUAGCUGCCAUAUAAUUUGAUUU